UCUAUAAAUCAGCUGUGUUUACCUCGUCUACUUUGCUAUUUACUGACCAGCGAUUCGCAAAAAAUGGGGGUGAGUAUCAACAUACAUGUAAUGAAAACAGUUCCAAACCAAAGAUUGUGUAAUUACAAUACACUUUCCAUUAACGCAAAAUUGUCGUCGACUAAGUCAAGCUACCAGCUGUUUUAAUUCUUAUUCGAAACUAUGCACGCCUUAAACAUGGAUUGAUCAUUGCUUGCAACAUUGAGGACCAAGCUUAAAUUUUUCCUGUUAAAAUUAUUAACGAUCCUUAACCAAUCCAUUGUCAACAGCUUCGAGCUAUAUCGAGGCAAAUGUUUAUAAAUAAGCAGUACACAGUUUAUGGUAAAUUUCAUUUUAUGUCUUACAAACUGAUUCCGUUUGUUUAGGUUUUAGAAAAUGUAAGUGCAGGCACACAGUCACAAAGGAAGAAGGAAAUUUUAUUUGGUGACAAGGGAAUUCUUAAUCUUGAAAGCUCUGAUGAUCUGACAUCGCUUAGUCCUCUGAAUGAAGAAACAGGUUUGAUCCUUCUGUCGUCUACAUGUAUUAAAAAGUAAUAAUUAUACCUUCAAAUUGAAGAGCCACUCAAUCGACAAGAAGGUUUUGUUUAAAAUGAAAAGGGGUUUGGAAUCCCAGGAUACAAAACUUUUAUUAGUUAAGCAUACAUAAGCUUUAAGUUCGGUUCCAGAACUGGAUUCGAAACCUCGUAGGAUUGAGCAAUGCUUUCUUUGCUAAAAGCCUAAUACAUUUUGAUUAUUUCCUCCAGCUAUCAGGCUGAGACAAAAAUAAGACAAUCCAGCUUGUCCAAAGGGCAUGAUUUUUUUCAUUUAGUUCCAGUUUUUUAACCAAAACUCUGAGUAAUUAGCCCAAAAUGAAGGGAAAACUAAAGAAAAAGGUUAUCAAACUUCACUCAUUGCAUUUAAAAAUGAACUUGCUUGCCCAAAUGGGGACCAGGUUUUCUACAAGCCAUAUCUGCUAACAACACUGCACGUGAUGUCUAGCCAGGUCAGUGUCUCUAGUUUAGGAGUUUUUCAAGUUCUGUGGAUCAGAAAGGGUCUCUAUUGCACUUCUUGUACUCUCCACAAGCAAUUCUGUGAUUUUUACAUUAAAUUAAAUUUUUUGAUACAACUCAUUGUUUUCUAGUAAGUACCGUUUAUCACUGUCUACAUGUAGCUCAACAAGCAGUUAUGUGUCUCCAGUGAUUACUAUCAAUAACUGUUCACACUCUAAUGUGAUAUCUUCUAUGAUCUGACACGCCCAUAUCAUACUUGCAGUGCUUAAUACAGUUGAAGCUCGUUAUCAAGUGGGGGCAUUCUAUUCUUGGGCAGGUACAAAGUGCAUUUUUUACUUGACUCCUCAAUUUUUCAUAUCUGCUAGAAAAGUGUCACAUUUAUAGUUUUGCACUCUGUUAUAAUCUAAUAAGUUACUGCAUCCUAUGAGAAAAACUAUCAUGACAAUAACAACUGUACAUGAAUAUAAAAAAAAACUGACUGUAGACAGCCAGAAUGAUAUUGUUGGUCACUGGUUUUGGUCAUAUCAUUACAAAAGUUUUCAAAUAAAUCAUACUAUUAGGCAGAAAUAGAGUUUAAGUACUGUUUAAAAACGAGCAGGAAGGUAUUUUCAGGUUUAAAAAGGGGUUAUUUUGGUCUAAAAUAUUGGACAUAAAGUUUAGCCGUGUCUUUAUCAGAUAUAAAGACACUAGUUAAACAUUUAUUUCUUUUGUUGUUGUUUUUUUUUUUAAUUAUUAAUGAGUUUUGGAUUGUACACAUAGCCAUCCCCCUCCUUUUUAAUAGUUUUUAUACUGUGUGUUAGAACCAAGAAGUAAUUAAUAAGCAUAAUGAUUGAAUCUUUAUUUUUGCUGAUUAGGUGUACCUCUCAUUGCUCUCAAUCCAUUUAAAGAUGUGGAAGAACUUUAUGAUGAAAAGAUCAUGACAAAAUACAAGGGAGUUAGUCCAGCUGAAAUAAAGGUUUGAGCAGUCAACUAGAUGAUCAUUGGAUAAAUGAAUUAUUAGAGCCGAAUUAAAAGUAGCCUUUUUUAAAAGUAAUAACAUUAUCAUGACUAGCAAAGUUAGCCGCAAAGACAAUGCUCCUCACACUAGCAUCGCCUUUGGUGUGCAGCUCUUGCAAUUUCCCCCAAAUAGAUCAGUUCUUGCUCACAGGCUAUUUUGAAUUCAUAAUUGAGCAGUUUUCCUUUCAUAGUCCCACUUGCCUGUGCCAGGUUGUAUGAGUUGUACGGUAGGGAUGUCAAAACAACACGGUCAAGCAAAAAGAAGAGGCCGGUGAUCUGGGGAAGGGGAUGGUGGUGGGAAACAAAGAGUCUCUUCUCUCCCCACCCCACCUCACAUUUUUUGCAUUAGAUUUCCUGAUUGCUGCAAAUUUCUUCCUUUGAGCAGGGAACAGGCUGUAGUCCCACCAAAGAUUUAAUUUGAUCAAGAAAAUUCUGGGGAAUUUUUAUCAUUUUAAAAUUGUUAAAUGAUGAAAAAUGAGGUGGGAAUAUAAAAAUGGUAAAAUUGAGCAUUUUUGGGUGAUUUAAAGUAGGUAAGUUUGAAUUGGAAAGUUUAUAUACAAAGACAGGAUAGUCCACCAAGGUCAGUACCCAUGUAGAAUAACUCCAUCUUUCUUUCUUUUUUCACUAUCUUUUUUUUCAUUUGCCUUCAUGACAAAUACCUCAAGCAUCAUGAAAUGAUAUUUUUCAUUUGUUUUUACUUUUAUCCAUAUCAAUUAAGGAGCUUCCGCCUCAUAUAUUUGCUGUUGGACAGAAAGCGUUUUGUGAAAUCAAAAGAGAUCUGGAAACCAGGAACCAAUCCAUUGUUGUCAGUGGUGAAAGUGGUGCUGGCAAGGUCAGUAUAGGGAUCAGGGACGAGGGAGGGAAGGUGAAGUUUGUCUCCUUCAUCAUUCUUUCAUUUAUUGUCAAAUCGAAUGGGAAAUAAAACAGCCCACACUACCGUUUGAAAAGAGUCGGGAAAGUUUUCCCGGUGGUGUACUGGUCUACCUUUCACGCAUCAUUCAUAUCAUGGGCUAUGGAUGGGUUACAGUGAGCUCAUAUAUGGACUGAUAGCGGCUGCCAGUGCAGUGGCGCCUUUGAUGCUGCCGUCCGAGCUUACUGUUUACAUGGUAAUAUAUUAUAUAAUGUAAAGAGAGCACGUCUCGUUGUCCUCUAAUUCACGACAUUCCAUUCCGUUCCAACUUGUUCAAGAAUAUUGAUUGUUUUCUUUUUUUCCGAAUAGACUUGGACGACUCGUAGUUUAAUGCGUUUCAUUACGGACGUGGCAGAUACCAGGUAUGAAGUCUUCGACGUUGACUUAGAGUAAAUUGUUAGAAUUUUUACAAUUCUUCUGAAAUGUCAUACAUCAGCAUGCACGAUUACGAUAAAUUACUUACAUACAUUACUGCCAGUCUAAUUGCAAGCUUUCUCUAAUUUAUCGGCUUUCAAUAAGAUCCAGCACUAGAAGGGAGUUCCCGCUGGCAUCAGCAACGUCACGGUUGCCCUUAUUGGUCACUAGAAUUGGCUGUCCUGUACAAGAGAAGACGACCAAGAGAUCCGUUGAAUAAUCCAAGUAAAUGCGAAAACUGGAUGGUUUAUUCUGAACAAAUAAAAAUCCAUCCGUUUAUCCUAGACAGAUUUUGAAGACAAUAAUCCGUCUCGUGCUACGUCCAUUUUUGGAGUCUUUCACCGCACAAUUUUAAAACUGCUACAAGCUAAAAAUUCUUGCGUGAACUUGGCGUAUGAGCGUACAGCUAAAGUCUGGAAAAGAAUUUUUUUUAUUUUCUUUUUCUGAAAUCAUUAAUUUACUCCUUCAAAAUCUCAACGGUUAUGCUCCUGUAGCCUGUUAUUAAAACUAUAUGUGUGCAACGAAAAAAACGUUAUUCAUCGAAUCAUUGGGGGGAGCAAAGGUGGCGCAGUGGUGAGAGCGCUCGCCUCCCACCAAUGUGGCCCGGGUUCGAAUCCUGGCGUCGACGCCAUAUGUGGGUUGAGUUUGUUGUUGGUUCUCUCCCUUGCUCCGAGAGGUUUUUUCUCCGGGUACUCCGCAAAAGGGGAGAGGAAUUUUUGGUUGUGAAAGUUUAAGGUUAAGCUAGACCUUGCGUGCCUGUGCAAAGUUGCUCAAGAAUACUUGAGGAAUCACUAGGCACCCAUUUGUUUUUACAAUUUACAAUUUUUUACAAUUUACAAUUUACAAUUUAUUCAGCCCUAUAUUUUUAACUAAAUCUGAAAAGUAUUUCGACAAGGUGGCAGCCUUCGUCGUGAUUAUAGGUAUCUCUAGGUUAAAUGUAAUAUUACGAUUAACUGUAAUUGUUUUGAUAGGAUUGAGGAAACUACAAACGUUAGCAUGAUUGAGCAAAGGAUACUUGAUUCCAGUCCAGUUUUGGAGGCUUUUGGAAACGCUCAGACUCCAAGAAACAAAAACAGCAGUCGGUUUGGAAAAUAUAUUCAACUUCAGUUUGAUCGGUGAGUCAGCAAAGCCCAAAGAUUAGUAUUCUGGGAAGUAUGUUCCCCGAAUUCCAUCGGAAACUCAGAAAAGUCAUUGACAUAUUGUUCUUUCAUAUUACGCUUCAGCUUCAGAUUUAUGAUAUCACAAGAAUUUUAUUGGUUAAUAUUAUCAUGAUUUCUUUUUAGUGAGAUGUAGUUCUUUUCUUAAUGCAUAGAUCAAAUAACUCACUGCUAAAUUUUUUAAGCACUGUAAAUUAACUUCCAGGAGCCAGAGAAUCAUUGGCGCUACAGUAAGCACAUAUCUGUUGGAGAAGACGAGAGUUGUACAUCAGGCCCAAGGAGAAGGAAGAUUCCACAUAUUUGACCAGGUGCAAACUUACUGUAUUUUUACAGACAGGAGAAAGCAGGUUUUCUCGCGCCAGCCUUGUCAUAUAUCGUUGCGCCCAAAACCUCUCAUACAAAGCGCCCAGCCUGGGUUACUUUCAUUUAAUUAUAAUAUAUAGAUUUAGCCAGGGCUAAAAGCGAAGCUCUCGAUAAUAUUUAUAGUUUGCUCAAACAAAAUAUAAAAUCGUGUAAUGCUAAGCGGACAUGACAAUUAAUCUAAUCUUAACACUUUAAAAAAACACGGAUACAGAGACAAUUUCCGCUUUCCGUUUUCGUAUUCAUUGACUCCUUAGUUGUCUCUGCUUCACAAGACGCGAGUAGCUAUGGGUCUUCCCGUCAAAAUGACCUUAAGUUGCAUUUGGGUUGCCAUACCUGUUGAUUGAGUUGUUUUAAAUUGAUAUGCCUGUGAUGCGGACGGACGGUCGGGCGGGGACUCGGNCUAAAAGCGAAGCUCUCGAUAAUAUUUAUAGUUUGCUCAAACAAAAUAUAAAAUCGUGUAAUGCUAAGCGGACAUGACAAUUAAUCUAAUCUUAACACUUUAAAAAAACACGGAUACAGAGACAAUUUCCGCUUUCCGUUUUCGUAUUCAUUGACUCCUUAGUUGUCUCUGCUUCACAAGACGCGAGUAGCUAUGGGUCUUCCCGUCAAAAUGACCUUAAGUUGCAUUUGGGUUGCCAUACCUGUUGAUUGAGUUGUUUUAAAUUGAUAUGCCUGUGAUGCGGACGGACGGUCGGGCGGGGACUCGGCGGGCGGCCGGUCGGUGUACGGUCACGUGAUUACCAAAUUUUCUCGGAUGGGUAGUUUACCACAUUUUCUUACCCAUGGUGCUCCGCUAUAAACACCAAUGAAAUACCAAUUAAGCUUUCGCGCGAAAACAUGUUAUCUCCAGACGUAAAAAGAUCCCCGCUGCUAAUGGCUACAUAAUAAAUCGCACUUUUCAUAUAGCCUUUAAAAAUUUUUUCAAAACUCAAAGAGAGAUUUCCUAUCUCCCCGUGGCCAUGUAAUAUCUUCUAUUUUAUUAUAUGGAAUCAGAAAAUAAAAAUUUGACCUUCAACAUUAUAUCUAUAACUUCCUAAAGCUUUUCUAUGAAUAAACCUUGUUUCAGAUUACUUCAAGUAAACAUCAAGAAGCGACCUUGAAAAACAAAGAAUCUUCAUUUGUUGGUAAUUAAAUCGGCGGCUUUCGUUUUCACUUUACAUAGUAAAUGAUUACUGAAAUCAAAGUCCUUUUUUGAUUUUUUUAAGAGCAGCGAGAGGUCUCAAACGUCGUAACAAAUUAAUAGGGACCUUAAGAUCCGAAGGCUACGUCCGGUCUGCCUAGUCCCUAGGCAGAAGGUCUGGGCUGAAGACGCCGUACAGGGACUAGGCAAGGCGACGGCGACAAGAACGUCAAAAAAGCAAGGCAAAACAGCAACAUUGCACGUGUGCCACACCUUUUUUGUAUUGCACGACUUCGACGUGAAAAUGCCUAAUUUUGCGUUUCAUGGAGGACGUAAACAAGCCACGACUGGCUGGCAAUGUUCAAUGUAAAAACGCCUGAAUUUUCAUUUUAUCCUUUCGCCCACAUCUUAUUUUUUAGCCCUCCAGGAAACAAAACAAGCUUUGGAAAACAUAGGAAUUGACAAUCACCUGCAAAACGAAAUAUUCAAGGUAUAGACUUAAGUUAACUAAGGACUUUCAUAAAACACUUUAUUCUGUUCUUUUUCUGACUUCCUUUCAACUACUGGAAGUUCAAAUUAUUGUCUUUCAAUUUUCCCUGUUUUCUAGGUUUUGAACGGAGUUCUCCAUCUUUGUGAUAUUGUGUUUUUUGAUCCUUUUUCAAAUAUGACUGAAAUUUGUACUGUUACCGACGAUCAUGAUAAAGGUUAGUCUUCGUCUACUCCCUAUAGAGUAAUCUAGACAAGGAACUACCAAGAUAUGAUAAGAGAGAUGAAGUUUUUCACUGUAACAGUUUUUUUCUUUUCGUUUCUCUUCUAUUUCUCCGUUCCCCUUUACAAAAUUUUCUAUUGACCUUCGCACACAGGAGAAUCCAUUCUGCCCGCGAAUACAUUUAAGUCCUCAAUUUUUCUGAACCUCUUUUUACAGCAAUCGCUCGUGUCUGUGAAUUACUGGGAACUGAAAGCGAGUGGCUAAAGCGGUGCUUAUUCUUAAGAAGAAUAACAGCGGGCUCUACAAGAGAGGAGUUUAUGAAGAAGUGCUCACCAUCCGAAUGUGCGGAGAGAAGAGAUUGUAUGGCUAAAAUAAUAUACUCCAGGUAGAGUUUUUAGCGAACAGAAGCUGUAAGCCUCCUUCCAUCUAUAAACAUCAACUAACUGUUCAUGCUGGUAAAAUGUUUGAACUUGACUGGACGACUAUUUUCUGUUUUUAUAAGCAAUGCAUGCAGCUGUUUGGCUUGUCAAUGUCAAUCUGGCUAGUAUGUGAGAGAAAGGAGCAAUUCAAUUAACAGCUCCCUCAUGAUAUCGUAUUUUUUUUCAAGUGUUUAACCCAAACCAACUUACGCGACUGACAAGCCACGUGAAAAGCUAAAAGCCAUGCAAGAAAGACACCGCUACUCGCAGGGCAAAGUGUUUAGUAGUUUUCUGAAAAAGCCCUUUACGUUCCUCACUAGCAAGAUGAUUUUUUACGAUGCAAAUCGUUAUCCAUAUUCUAAACGUCCUAAUGCAUUAUCUAUCCUAAUUUGAUGUUUCCUUUGUUCUUUUGUAGAUUAUUCGACUGGAUUGUUGACUUCAUAAACUCUUCUAUUAAAGCACCUGCAGAGCUAAAGUACUCAUUCAUAGGUAAUAAGGGAAUCAUCGUUUCUUUUUCGUUUCUAAUACUUAUUUCUUGAAAAACAAAUGAUCAAAAAUGUAUCACCCAAACAAACCUUUAUUAUGUCAAAAUGAUUUUUUUUGUCUAGUCUCUCUUCAGUAAUGUUCAAAUGCUCAAUUAUGUUGCAGGUCUUCUUGAUAUAUACGGAUUUGAAAACUUCAACUUUAACAGUUUAGAGCAGUUGUGUAUAAACUACGCCAACGAAAAGCUCCAGCAACAUUUCGUGAAUCACUUCAUGAAGAGACAGCAGGUUAGUUGUUAUCAUGUUGCUGAAUAAGAAACAAAAGUAUUUUUACUGACUAGGUUAGAAAUAACCGAGUAUGCGAAGCGCAAGUUCCGCGGGCGCCACAUAAUUUUUGAUCACAAGAAAAUCCUCAAAACCUGUCAGUAUUUUCUUGGUAACGAUACGCUUUAGUAUGUGCGGUCCUUUCGUUCAAUGACGGGGACGUCAAAAACGCAACAGAUCGAGGGUGGAUUCAUCUGGAGCAUAUAUACGCGUAUAGCUGUCGCAUUUGCCAACUGGGAUUUUUUGUAUCGUUUUUAGGCUUAAAAACAAUUAAAAAUACCAGCAGGCAAAUGCGACAGCUAUACGCGUAUGUUGCAAAUGAAUCCACCCCGAAUAACCAAAACUACGUACAACUCCGCUCACGUGCAUCAUGCUUUUUGGUAUAUUUCGUCGCUGUCACUGCCAACUACAGCCAAGCUCGUUCCCAGGGUUCUCUCCUACCCGCCCUACGGAGCGAGAGAGAGGGUGGGUAGGAAAGAACCCUGGAACGAGGUUGAACUACAGCGUGAAACUUUCCAACGUGACGUAUUAUAGAAGACGUUAACACUCGACGACAAAUUUUUCUUUCUAUUUUAUACUCUGAUGUGCUCCCUUAAAAUUCAGCUCCAGGAAAACUCACCUUGAAAUAACCGUCAUAAGUUUUGAAAGAACGCGGAUACACUUAAUAGAGACCUUAUAAGAUACACCGUUUCCUUGUACGGCUACGACGGGUAGAUUGCCUCUUGCCCCGGAGAAACGGGUAGGCUACCGGCGGGGUAGAACGGUAACGCCAUUUUCACAUCUGGAAAAUCCUGGUUGCCUAUCAUAUAACUACGUGGCAAACAUGUUCGCCUACCCGUACCAGUGGACUGAAACGGUGUAUCUUAAGGUCACUAAUAAAUGACGUCUCCGUUACGUACUGUCAGGCGUUCUAGUGGUUUCCUAUAUUUCCCAGUGCCUCUACUUUUUUAAUCUUUGACGCCAUUUAGGUAGAAGUUACUGCUAAAGAAGUUUGGCAGCCGCCUGUAACUGUAUCUUUCUAGUAACAUUGUAAGGCUUGUAGCAAGCAAACGUAUUGGUGACCUCAUGGUCUGACUCUCAGUAAAGCCUUUUAAGUUGAAUCAUACCUUUUAUCUCGGUACGUAAUAUCUACCUUAUUUUAAGAGGGUGCGACAUAUUGCUAAAUGGUCCAGCACUUCUUUUGCUAAAAUAAGAAUAAAUACGGUUAAUUGCGCAAAACAUAGGGCACUAUAAAAUGAGUUCAAACGGCGGGUGGCCUGGCGAUGCUGGCGCAGACAGUUAGAUUUCUGAGCCCUUAAUUCGUGUAAAACGGUGUUGAUUUGGUGCUUAUCUCUGCUAUAGGAGGAGUAUCAGAAGGAAGGCAUUGACUGGUCGUUUCAAGAUUUUGUUGAUAAUCGGCCAUGUUUGGAUCUCAUUGAAGGAAGAACCAGUGUCUUUUCAUUAAUGAACGAGGUAAAAAAAGUUGUGUCGAUACUGAAAUAGAGAAACCGCCCCUCCUCGCACGCGCUUCAUUUCCAUUGAGAAAGCAAGACUAGAAAAAUUAAAUAAAGAGACCACCUCCCCCCCCCCCCCCCCCCCCCAGCCCGGUUCGAAAGGUCAGGAAAUUUGGAUUUAGUUUUUAAAAUCCUGAUUUCAGAUUUGCAAUAAAACGCGAAAUCCGUAGUGGGUUUCCUUUCUUUCCAUUUUUAUGGGGAAUCCGAAAAAGGAUUUGAAAAACUGUUCGCAAGAACAGCGGUCUCACACGCGCACACAUAAUUAGCAGACCACUGUUCACGAGAACAGUUUUUUGGAUUUCCCGAUAAUACAAUAGAAUUUCUCGAAGAUGAAGUCUGUUUUCGUAUUGCAAAAUCCGAAAUCGGGAUUUCAAAAUCUGACUUAUCCAGAUUUGCCAAUCGAACGCACCCUAAGUUAUUUACCAAACAGCGCUGCAUCAUAUCCAAAGCCUCCUAAUCUUCAGUGUGAGGCGUCCUAAGAUAAGGACGCCAGCAAGCUCUCAGAAUUAACGACGCGUUUAAUUAGCUUAAACGAAAAAAAUAGAUGAAUGAACCUACCAAUGUCCGUAGCAUUAAAAAAAAUUCCCUGUUCUCUUGCGCAUUAUAGAUGUGUCGCAUGCAUGUGUCGCAUGCAGCUUGCGACAUUUCGUCGUUCUGUGUUGUUGGCGACCCUUUUGACUGUAAAAUAUGUUUUGAACUGAAGGACCUAGGAGGAGUUGAACCGGCCUCUUGGCUGGGCGUUGAGCAGACACUUGUAGGUUUGAACGAACAUUUGGCAGGACCUCCCAACUAAUUUAAAAAACUCUAGUGUGUCUGCAUUUCCAAAGAAAAUGAUACGCUUUCUACUGUCAGAGCAACGUGAAAUGAAAUAAUUUUUCCCCUUGUUGAUGAAGCAACAUAGUUCAUGUAAAUAGAAGUUCUUCCUACUUUGUUUUGUAUGUCCUUUGAUUUUACCUGCUAGCAAGAACCUAAAUUGUUCAGCGAGCUAAAAAGAAAACCAACUGGUUCAUUUAGCUUCCUAGCUUGCACAUUAUUCUCGUUACAUUUAAUAUAAUAUCCUGUAAUGUAAUUAAAUUUCUUAGAAUGCAAUAUUAACCAUAUACAUUAACAAAGCAUAAUAAAGAUUAUUAUUAUUAUUAUUAUAAUCAUAACUAUAACAAAAUUGUAAAAUCUGAUUGGCUAUCAACUGCCCUGAUUUCAGCCUUAAUUGGACAGUUUAAUAGGACAGUACGCGUCAUGCCUAAGUAAUUGGACAGUACGCGCCAUCACGCGCGCUUAAAUGCCUUUUUUUUCACGGCUAGCAAAACAAAAUUUCCAAUUUCUUGUGUUUUGAUUUAAAAAAUAGCCUAUUAUGUCACAAAUUUUGUUAAAGUUAUGAUUAAUUGGUAACAGGACUGAGUGGAGUCCAAUUCGGUCUGUAAUCAUACGAGUGAUUAAACAAAUCGGACUCCCGCUAAGCGGUCGUCUGAUUUUGUUAAUCACUCACCGAAUUGGACUCCACUCAGUCCUGUUACCAUUACAAUAAUAAUAAUAAUAAUAAUAAUAAUAAUAAUAAUAAUAAUAAUAAUAAUAAUAAUAAUAGUUCCAUUAGUGGAAGGGGCCUUGAGAAGCGAUCUUAACUCUAUUAAAUUGUCAGUGUGUGAAGCCUAUAUGAGGAAACAAUGUUACAGCGAGAAAAUAAGGCUGGCAUUUCAGGGAAUGAAGGAUCUUCAAGUUACAGAGCGCGUGUCGCCUUACCAUCACAGGAAUACCAAAGUAUUACUUUAUUCUCAGGAGUGUCGCUUAAAGAGAGAGUUGGACACAAAAUCGUUUAGCACACGCCUGGAAGCUUCAUUGGCUCAGUUCAGGCAUUUUACCUGCCCGCGGUUUAGGAGUGAAAAUGAGGAGUUUACGAUUCAUCAUUUUGCCGACAGCGUCUCUUAUCAAGUCGAAGGACUUGUUAAGAAAAAUAAGGUACGUACUUAUUCCUUAAGUAAAUAAACUCUUGAAGAAAUUCAUUAGGUAAAAUAAAGCUAAGUGUGUAUAAUCAGACCUGUUACUUUGUUUGUGCGAGGAAAACUAUUCAUUCCUUAUAUUUACUACAGUUGUUCAAGGAAUCGAUCAUAGAACGACAACGUUUUCUUGAAUUACUCGCAAAAUCCGACGACAUCAUGAGGAUUUGAAAGAACUUUCCGAACGCCAUUGCCGGGCAACCAAACAUCAAGAAAGAUGACAGCAGUUUGUUUAGCGUUGUUUAUUCUCUUAAGGCCGUUGAACACUCACUAUGGUUGGGAUUUCUUUUCCAGUUGUCAGUUUUCUUAUAAAUUGCCCAGAAUUAAGCAACACACCUAGAACCGCUAUGCCGCCCGUUGAAAAACUGAGCAUUAUAAUAAGUACAUGUAGAAAAUAGCCUUCUGGGAGAUGAAUUACCAAAUGCAGGCAAAAUUGAACCGCAACGUUUAUCCACCGUGACAUAUAAGAUUGUAACUCAUCGCACUCUCAAAUUUUCAUUUCUUUCUGUCGACGCCUCAAAGGAUUUUAUUCCUCCUGAGGUUGUUGAGCUUCUACAAAAAAGCACGAACACGUUGAUCCAGGAACUUUUUCGAUUCCAAGAGAACCAGGACAAAGGAGAUGGAAAAUUUGAGGUAAGUUUCUUGUUUUUGAAAGGGAAGCAUUUGUUGAGAUCCUUUAAACAUAUGAACCGUCAGUAUAUCUUUCAUGUAACGCUAAAGGUAUAAGAUGAACUCUAAAGGUUAUCAUAUGCACGUUACACUUUAACGGGUAUCUAUCCACGCUAUUAGCUGUCAUUUGAAAAAGCUAAAACUUUCGUCGCAUCAAAAGAAAUUUGGGGAGCGAGGGAUGGCACAGUGGUGAGAGUACUUGCCUCCCACCAAUGUGGCCCGAGUUCGAAUCCUGGCGUCGACGCUAUAUGUGAGUUGAGUUUGUUGUUGGUUCUCUCCCUUGCUCCGAGUGGUUUGUCUCUGGGUACUCCGGUGUUCCCCUCUCCUUAAAAACCAACAACACUUCCAAAUUCCAAAUCGACCUGGAACGCACGGACACGUUUCAGCGAGUUCUUAUGAACUCCUAAGUACCCCGUGGGUAAACAAAUAACAAUUGUCAAAAUAAUGGUCCAGUUUUGUUAUUUAAGACUAUAUUUAGGCACAUUGAAACUGUUUCCUGUCGACUGUUGAUACGGAUAGCAAGGAUGGAAGUGGAUUGAGACUAAAAAAAGGGUUGGGCAAACCUUUUCAAGUUUUAAUGCAAAAUGUGCAAAACUCACAAAGUAUAUAUUAUGGUUAGUGUCCCUGAUGAAAUCUGUUUAAUAUCUUCUUCAUAACUCUACAGGAACAUUUUUUUAAUGGGUAAAGGUUCUAAGUAAUGACUUAAGCACAGACUUGACCUAAAACAGCAAUAUCCAUGUGACAAAGCCACUUUAAAUUGUUGACAAACUUUUUAGGGAGCAAGGGUGGCGCAGUGGUGAGAGCACUCGCCUCAAACCAAUGUGGCCUGGGUUCAAAACCCCGCGUCGACGCCAUAUGUGGGUUGAGUUUGUUGUUGGUUCUAUCCCUUGCUCCGAGAGGUUUGUCUCCGGGUACUCCGGUUUUCCCCUCUCCUCAAAAACCAACAACACUUCCAAAUUCCAAUUAGAUCUUGAACGCACGGACACGUUUAAACGAGUUCUUAUGAACUCCUAAGUGCUUUCGUGGGUAAAAAAGUAAUUCAAUUUUAUUUUUUUUUAUUUAAGCAUAUACGCAGGAGUUCACCCCGUCACCUAUAGAUUGAAAUCUUCGAUCUCUCGCUUGGCGAAAAGUUGAGCUUUUUUAAAAGGAUACAAGAAAAAUAAACUUUAUCAAAUGUUUAAAAAAAAUCCAUGAGAAUCAUCAUACUUUACGAUUUAAAAGGGAAAGCAAUGGAACUGAGAAACUGUGAACAUCUUCAGGAACUUUCAGACUCGGAUAUGUCGGGUCCUUUACAAAAAAUCCUAGUGCUCUCACUCUUCGGGAAAAUCUCCCGCCAUUGACACGCAAGAAGUUGGCAGGUAUAUAUUUGAGGAAACUUACAUGUAAGAUGUAACUCAACGGUCAGUCUUUCACUUUAUUACAGGACGGAGUAAUGACAACUAAGGAGAGUUCCAGACAUCGCCAGUCGACAGUUACUGUUGUUCGCAAAUUCAAGGUACACUGACGGCGGCUCAGUUAAGUUUCCAAGUGUGCCCACCUCCCCGGGCAUCCGUCGGGCAUUUUCCCACUGUGGGGCAUUUGUCAUCGGAUCUACCCAAGGGUAGGGAUGGGGAUUAGGCCAUUUCCGAGUUGCUCAAAGCUUCUGUUUCAAAGAGAGGCUAAGUGCAAUGAUAUUCAAUUCUCAUGCCAAUAAAUCUAAUUUUCACGAGGAACGUUUUGCACUUAGCUUCGAAAGGGAGAUAUUUUGGAACUCGGAAAAGGCCUAUUUGUCAUUGUUUUCUUCAAACCCAAAUACUUUGAGUAUUAUGCAUGACCAGCUUGUCCCACCGUGACAAAUAUCCGGGAGGGGGCCGGGGGUCAACACUUGAUACUGAGGGACCGUUGUGUUCUGGCCUAGUAUGAUGUGCUGAUUAUGACUUGUUGAAUGUUCUUUUAUGUUUAGGUCUCACUGGACAGUCUAAUGUCCACGCUGAGGUCUACAAAUGUUCACUACAUUCGCUGCAUCAAGCCAAACUCUGACUGCCUGCCUCAGGUGUUUGAUAGGAAACAGGUAUUUUGCAGCCCUGCACUAGGGUUUUCCAGUUACUAGUACUACAUGCAUUAGCCCCUGUUUGCCUGUUCUUCUUACGCAGUUAGAUAAAACCGAACUGACUCUAAAGCGUAGGUUAAAUAGCCUGCGACCCAGACGGAACUAAACUUCCGGUUAAGUCCUUCUGCAAAACAGUGCCGAAAUCCUUUUUCAGUUGGGCCCCCCCACCAGUGCACCAGGGUUUGAGUGCGCGCUAUGAUUGGCCUGGUAAAAGGCCAUUGCUGAUUUGCCAAUCAGGUUGAACGAAAAUUCGAAAUGCUCCGGUAAUUCGUUGAGGCCGUUGUAGACCCAAAACAAGGAUACCGGCGCUGCUUGGCAGAACUUACUAACCGGGCUGAGAUUACGUUUGCGAAGCAGGCCCUGACUCGUCCCCAGUUGUCUCUCUUUGUAUUUUCUUAGUGGCGCGAGAGGUGUGAUGGGAAGGAGGAAAGCGAGGGAGAGAGAGAGAGAGGGUCUUCCUUCCUUUUCCCUUCCCAUCACCCCCUGCUUCCGCUGCGCGCGUUACGCGAAGACCACUGGUGAAAGUCAGACGUAGACGCUGGCCAAGAUUGAACCGUAGACACAUUUAUCUCGGGGUUUCAUUGUAUCAUGUUUCAUAAUGGUAGGCUAAGUUAGAACGAGUUGACGAGAGCUAGUUUAGCUCUGUUUGACUGCAACUACUGUUUACACUUAUAUCCAUCUAAAAAGGUUAUGGCUCAACUGAAUGCUUGCGGUGUGGUAGAGACAAUUAAAAUCAGCGCGGCUACUUAUCCAAUCAGGUGAGUCAAUUACUUGACUAGGUGUUUUAAUCGCGAAAAAUAACUUUAAACCUCCAAGCGGGAUGUCUCAAGCUAACCUAAGUUUAAUGUUUGUACUUCUAGGAUCUCGCACCAUGAAUUUCUUAAAAGAUACAGCCCCCUUUUGAAACUUUCCAACCAUACGACACGCAGCCAUUUGUCACAUCCGCUCAGCUCUCCGAAGAAAGCCGACGCUUCUCCACGAUGUCCGACGGUGGAACGUCUAAAGCGUCGAUCUCGUAGGCGUCACCGAAGUAGCUACGACCACACGAGGCAUAUUUGCCGAUCAAUUCUAGAAACUGCUGAGACUGACAUUGAUGAAAGCAAAGAAAAUACCGAAGGAAAAUUUCUCAAGGGUGUGAAACUCGGGAGAUCGAAGGUUUUUAUGCAAGAAGAUACGGUACGUUUUGGGGGUGUCCAACCCCAUAUUACCUUUUAUUAAAGUAGAAUCUACAAUGAUUAUCUUAAAUUUGCAUUAUUCAUCACUCAGGUAGAGGGAAUAACGGUGAUAUUUCAUUUUUCGACUACAGUCAACUCUCUGUUGGUGAAGGACACUAAUUUGGGAUUGACACUUAAGUAUCCUAGCCCUUAGAGAGUCGACAAAGAGACAUGGUCCACAGGUCAGGAAAAAGUCGGAGGAUUUCACUCCGAGUCAGGGAAAAUUUGAGCCUUUGAAGGAGGUCAGGGAGAAGUGAAAUUUUAAGAGUACACAGUCAUUCUUUUCCCUCUACCUUUACUGUUAUCUUACAUUUAAAAUUCUUUUGUAAAUUUUACAGGCAUGAAUGGUGUUGCAUUGGUAGAAUAUUGUUCGUGAAGUUGAACAACAUCCCUUUUGCACGUUAUGAUAAGGCCAUUCCUAUAUCAGUUCAUGUACACUACAUGUGACUUGCUGUAAGCAUAAAUAAGGGAGUAUAGGGGAUGGCUUUGAGGGAAGGGUUGAGUCUAUUUUCAGGACUAAUUGGUGAAAUUGCGUUAAUUCGGUUAAGGAAAUUUUACAUUUGUCAGGAAAAAGUCAGGGAAUAGUCAGCGGUAUGGACCAACUCUAAGCGUUCCUCUUAUAGAGGUGUCCGUUGAGAGAGAAAGUCAACUGUGUUUCAUGGAAAUCACAUUUCAACUAGAGAACAAUGUACAUAGAUUAGCUUAGAUUAUUCUCUCUUGACAAUUUCAAGCAAAGAGCUAGUUUACUUUUUUUGUGUGAAUCCGACCGUUUGGAUGAUCAACUAGUAAUUGCUUCUUUUUGCUUGUUCUUAACUAUUAACUGACUUGUUGUUGUUGUUGUUGUUGUUGUUUUGUUAUCAUUACCACUAUUUUUCCCUGUUUUUAGAUGGAAAGGCUGGAAGCAGUUCGAAACAGGUGCCUGAUCAAAUCAGUGGUAGUUAUCCAGAAAUGUUGGAGACGCCAUCAAAAGCGCUUAACGAGAAGGAGGGUAAACGCAGCCGUGAAAAUUCAAUCUGGUAAAAGUUACCAUUUUAUGUACCACGACGGAUUUACCCUUGAAGUUGGUUAAAUAAUGAAAAUGUCAGUGUCUGCAUAAAUUUAUAUCAGUUACAUAAAUACGCCUCCUUACAUUUAACGUUAGUGUUUUCAUUAGUCGUUUCUCUCUUCUACAAGCAGUCUGACAGAAAUUAUUUCCUUUUCAGUGUGGCGAGGGUGGAAGGCAAUCAAAAACUUCAAGAAGACUUUAAAAGCCAUAAAAGUUAUUCAAAACCACGCGAGAAAAUGUUUGAUGUUAAAACGACUCAGUGACUAUAAGCGCCUUUUAACAGAGGACAACUAUAACCAGGAGAAAGACUUUAUCAACGAAACCAUCCUCGAGAGAAACUCUGUCUUGACAGAAAAUACUGGUAUACUCUUAAGACAAUUGUCAGUUUCGCCGUUAUUCUCAAGUGGCGAAGUCACAAAGCGGCAUGCCCUUCCAAGUUUAGUUUCGUCUACUUCAGGAUCUUGGUUUAACCCGUUUAAGACGAAUUGCGACGAGUUUAGUCAAAACAGCUUCUUCUGGCUCUACAACAAGGAAUUGUCAUGCAAUUUGACCAGAAACACGAUAAGCCCUCUCGCUGUGUUGAUCUCUAACUUCAGUCAAGGAAAAAUACCACCACUAGUUUGUACCGUGGACAAACAGCUUUCUUCAAAGCAGAUGGUCAAUACAUCAUCAGCUAUAAUAUCACGUCGAGACAUUGAAAAGGUAAUGCCUUUGCUAAUUUCGUUUCCAUCCUGUUUCAAGAUAUUCUGCCGUCUAUAUGCUAUUUUCUUUUCGUACAAGUUAACCUACGUUAAGAUGCCACUGUUCGUCUAGAGAAAAAACGUUCCACCUUCUUUAAAAGAAGGUUAUUGUAAAGGCCCCCUUAUUUUACGUCUGUCGGCUCAAGAUAGUCACUGAUUAUCAGACUAACAAGCCUAAAGCCAACUGAGCACUAAUUUUCCUCCUUCCCCCUCUCUCUCCAUCACUGCUCUGUUUUACAGGUAUUUUAACGCCACUUAAAGCUACACAGAAGCAGUCGAAACAAGGAUUUGAGGUUGCACCAGGGAAUCAAACUCGGGACCUCUCUCGCACCCGACUGUGCCCAGUUCUUGCUCUCUGGGAGAUGUGAAAGCAAGCAGCCAAUCAGUUAGACUGUAUAUCAUUUACUCAUUUUUUUUCUUCGAUGAACGAGCGAAUUGACGCGAGUGUCAGCGGAGCCGUACGGGCCAGCACCUAGCUGGCGAGCCUUGAAUUCUCUACCAGCCCAUGAUUAUACUUUAUCUUUUCUUAUCUCGCGCCCCUGUCCCACUCCUCGUAGCAAAGGCGAGCAAGCUCACUUGUUCAGGGUAGCGCGAGGGUAUCUCCCUGUGCCAGAGCUGGAGAACACUCCUCUGACAGGCAACGUUAAGUACAUUCUAAGAAAUGGUUAUAUCAUUCAAAUUUUUCAGGUUCCUGUUACGUUUCACUGCAGAGGUACCCCUCUUCCGCAUGCCAGCACCAGACCUCUUAAAGGAGCUUUGACUAACACGGUA